ACGAUUAGAUAUAUAAAUUACUGUACACAGAGUAUUUACAUUUUCGAUAUGAUGUUAAUAAGUAUGACGUUGGUGCAAUAGCUAUCCAAUUAUUAAAAAUGUUAAUAUUAAAAAAACUAGUAUUUUCAACACGCUUGCGUGCUUCUCGUGUAUUUUUCUCUUCAAAAACUUCACGAAAGGAGAAUAAAAUAAAGAUUGGACAAUAUGAAAUCAACUAUUUAAGAGUUGGUGAUGGACCACAUAAGGUAUUAUGUGCACCGGGUGCACUAGGCACUAUAUGGACGGAUUUCAAACCACAGAUUGAAGGAUUUAUGCAGGAUAAAUUCAGCUUAGUCGUGUGGGACCCACCAGGCUAUGGGAAAAGCUAUCCACCUAAAAAGGAAUUUACACAAAAUUUUUAUGAAAAAGAUGCUGAUACUGCUUUUCAAUUAAUGAAGGAGUUGCAAAUACCAAGGUUUUCCCUUCUCGGCUUCAGUGAUGGAGGAAUAACGAGUCUUAUUCUUGCUGCGAAAUAUCCAGACGCUGUUAACAAAUUGGUUGUAUGGGGAGCCAACUCCUUCAUAUUGCCAAAAGAACUGGAAUCUUAUAAAGCAAUAAGAGAUACAAAUAAAUGGUCUAAAAAAUUAUUAGAACCACUAAUUGAGGUGUAUGGUAAAGAGAAUUUUCCUCGUUACUGGUCGAGCUGGGUUGAUGCUAUGGAAAGAAUAUACCAUGCGAACAAAGGAAACAUUUGUUCUGAUGUUUUAAAAAACAUUAAAUGUCCAACCUUCAUUCUAUAUGGAGAAAAGGAUCCACUUGUGGAUUGUGUGCAUGUUUCACAUUUACACACACAUAUAAAUGGAUCAAGAAUUCAUUUAUACCCAGAAGGAAAGCAUCAUAUUCACCUGCGUUACGCUGAAGACUUUAAUAAGAGAGUGCAAGAGUUUCUCUUAUUAAUCUAAUUUCAUUGCUGAUUUUUAUUAUUUGAGUAUAAUAUAUAAAUAAAUCAAUUUAAAAAAUAUCCUUUAUAUGAAUGUAUAGCCGACUUUUGAUUUACUUUGUUAUAUAUUUAAGUGUUAAUUUUUUUAUAUUAAUUAUUAAAUAUACUUUCGAAAAAAUU